AUGAAAGACUGGGGCUUCGCCCUGCGGCCCUGGAAGUCGGCCCACCUCGCCAGCGAGUCGGUGAUCAUCCACGGUACCCAGGGCUUGGUCAUGGGCCUGGCCUACUUCGACGAUGUUGCCGGCAUUCAGCGAAAGGCCGAGUACGCCAUGGGCUUCGUGAAGUCCCACGAGGGCACGGUGCGGAUCAAUCUGCAUCACUCGCACUUCCCCAACUACACGGAGAUCAGGAAGCUGCAGGUUCUCUCCACUCGGGCGCCUAUUCAGAAGUACCAGGUGCUUCAGGCGCAGAAGGACUGGGGCGACGGCAUGGUCGACCUGGGGAGGUAUGGUCGCACAGUUCUGGAGAACGAGGAGAAGGACCGCCUCGAGAAGUUCGUGGGCGUGCACCCUGAGCACAAGAAGAACAGGACGACUUUGUGGCGGAAAGCGGCCGACUUCGUUGACAAGCUGUACGGCUUCAACGAAGCGCAGGUGCUGCUCAAGGUCACAGAGGCUUCCCCUAGCACGAGGUUCCGGACCACCCGACUCGGGGCAGUGUCCUGGCUCAUCGGCAACGACUUGGAUUUCCCAGCAGACCGGGGCUUUGCGCUGAGACCCUGGAACCAGGUCCGGUUCGAAAAUGCCGACGUCAGCAUCCAGGGAGAACGUGCACAGGCGCAGCAUGUUCUUGCUGGAUGA